AGCAAAUAUCGGCGGGAGUGGUGAAACGUGUCCAGUGGUGAUUGGCAGAUCCGAUGCAUUUGCCCCAGUUCCUCAUCCUCCCCCGCCUCCUCUCCGGUCGACUCCAUCGUCCAAGCCUUGCUUCACUUUCACUGCCUACAGUAGUACGGCUACUGACAGCGAGAGAGAGAGAGAGAGAGAGAGAGAGAGAGAGAGGGAGGAGAGGAGAAGUUGCCACCAAUAAAGGACUUGCCUCCUCUCUCCCCCUAUCUGUCCAUUUUUGGAAGCUGAGAGAACUCCACUCCACUCCAAUAAUAGUAAUAGGUUGCAAUUUUGCUCUCUGUUACGGACGGACUGCGGCAACCAACUGAUAACUCAACUCGGUAUCAGCACAUCACGACGACGACGACGACGACGACGAUGAGCUAUCAUCAGUAGUAGUAGCAGUAUUAGUCUGCCUUGCUCUGCAACAAAUUUCAAAGGUAAAAGGAAGAAGAUAUGGCGGAAUCUCUACUGGUUUCCAACUCGGCGUCCUUUUCGUACUGUGGCAGCGGAAGCGUCGUUAAGGAAAAGAAGAGGAUGUUGACGGCUAGUGUUGGAUUUGGAAUUGGAAUUAUAUCAACAAAUCUUCCAUACUCAAUACGGAGGAGGACGACGACGAUGACGAUGAGGAUGGGGAUGAGGAGGCCCACCACCACCGCUUCCAGUUGUUCCCUCGACAUUGAUAAAUUUGCCCCCUUUGGCCUUGGCCUUGCCCACCAUCUUCCUUCUUCUUUAACUCCUCCCACCAGUCUCCAUCACCGAUGGCAUUGCCAACGACAACGGGGUCCCUCUUCUUCUCGAGCUCUCCACUCCUCCGACCACCUCCCUCCUCAUUCCCAGGGAUUACCCAAGAAGGACUUGGAACAAUGGGACUCUAUCACGGCAAAGUUCUCUGCUGCUGCAAAUAUACCAUUCUUGCUACUCCAGCUCCCUCAGAUCAUCCUCAAUGCCCGAAAUCUCUUGUCCGGAAAUAAGUCUGCCCUCCUCGCCAUCCCUUGGCUGGGUAUGCUGACAGGCUUGCUCGGGAACCUGUCACUGCUAUCUUACUUUGCCAAGAAGAGGGAGAAGGAGGCAAUGCUGGUUCAGACACUGGGAGUCAUAUCCACGUUUGUCGUGAUAUGUCAGCUCGCAGCUGCUGAGGCCAUGCCUCUUCCCCACUUCCUGGCAACUUCGGCAGUGGUGGCCAUCGGUCUCACCUUGAAUUUCAUGAACUAUUUUGGCAUUCUCAGUGCCCCUAUUUGGCGCCGCUGGGAAGACUUCAUCACCAUUGGCGGACUUUCCGUUCUUCCUCAAGUCAUGUGGUCUACAUUCGUGCCCUACCUUCCAAAUAGUAUUUUUCCCGGGAUUGCAGCAUUUGUCGUUGCUGUGGCAGCAGUUCUCAUGGAACGAAUGGGAAAACUCUCAGAAAAAGGUGUCAGAUUUGUGAGAUCGAUAUCUGGUUGGACAGCUACUCUUCUCUUCAUGUGGAUGCCAGUCUCCCAGAUGUGGACUAAUUUCCUGCAUCCUGAGAACAUUAAAGGCUUGUCUGCUUCCACAAUGUUGCUUGCUAUGAUUGGCAACGGGCUCAUGAUCCCACGUGCACUCUUCAUCCGUGAUUUCAUGUGGUUCACUGGUUCUGCAUGGGCUGCAUUCUUGUAUGGAUAUGCAAACAUUCUAUGCCUGUAUUGUUUCAACUGUAUCAGCAGGGAAUUCUUCUUAGCAGCAACAGGUGGCCUGCUUUCUUGGAUAGGGAUGGCUUUCUGGAGAGACAGCGUAGCUUACGGACACUUCUCUCCUCUGAGAUCCUUAAAAGAACUUAUUUUUGGACGACCUGGAUUGGCUGAUCGAUAGACAGGAGAAGGAAAAUGAAGGCUGACGAAAGCAUAGAAGCAUCCUUGUCUCAUAAAGGAAAAUAGAGGUUGGAGGAAGCAGAGAAAUAAAUUGAGAUGCGGAAAGGAAUAAAAGAUGGAAAGGGCUUCUUCAAGGGGACCUGGUUUCAUUAUCUCUGAGUCAUACAUAUGUAGUGUUUCAGCUGAUUGUAUAAUAGUGGAGUACAUACUAAGUUAACGAAACAAUAUAUUGCAGGCAGAUAAGGUGAAGGCAGUUUGUUCUCUGUUUUGUGGCCCCAAAGGUUUUAUUGUUGUUUGAUCUGUCUGAAGUUUGCACUGGUCGACGGACACACCCGCACCAUUUGCCAAGAA